CUCCUGGGGUCAUGGCUGUGUCUGGGGAUAUUGUUGGGUCCCCUGUUGUCGCCUGUGUUGGCCCUGACCGAAUUCCUGUCCGGCUUCUGCUUUCUAGGGGAGUGCUGUGAGAGUCCCUAUAACAGUACAGCUUUGCAGGAAGACUUGGGAAAUAAACUGUUUGGGCAGCACCUGGCCCAUGACGUCAUCUUCCGAGCAAUCACAGGGUUUAUGAACAAUAAAAACCCCAGCAAGCCUCUGACUCUAUCCCUGCAUGGCUGGAGUGGCAGCGGCAAGAACUUCGUCAGCAAAAUCAUCGCAGAGAACAUUCAUAAAAAGGGGAUGAAGAGCGAAUAUGUCCAUCUUUUCGUGUCAACUAUGCAUUUCCCACACGACAACCUAAUUAAUCUGUACAAGGAUCAAAUACAGUCUUGGAUUCGUGGAAAUGUCUCCAGCUGUCCUCGAUCCAUAUUCAUAUUUGAUGAGAUGGACAAGUUGCAUAUUGGACUUAUUGACACAAUCAAGCCGUUCCUGGACUAUUAUGAGCAGAUUGAUGGCGUGUCGUACCGUAAAGCUAUCUUCAUUUUCCUCAGCAAUGCAGGGGGUGAACUGAUCAACAGAGUUGUGCUGGAAUCUACAAAGAUGAGAGAGGAUCUAAAGCAGCAGGAUCUGGAGUCUGCGCUUUCUGUCGAAUUAUUCAACAACAAAGAUUGUGGCUUUUGGCACAGCAGCCUGAUUGACAAGAAUUUGAUUGACUUCUUUGUCCCUUUCCUACCGCUGGAGUACAGACAUGUAAAAAGCAGUGCAUCAUAGCGGAGCUAAGAAAUCGGGGGCUAACGCCCAAUGAAGAGCUGGUAUCCCGUGUGGCCAACGGGAUGACUUAUUUCCCCAACGAUACUCGAAUGUUCUCUGUUAAAGGCUGUAAACCCAUCGCAAGAAAACUAGACUU